CCCCCUCCUCCCUCUCCUCCUCCUUCCUCUCCUCCCGCUCCUCCUCUCCUCCUCCCUCUCCUCCUCCCUCUCCUCUUCCCCUCUCUCUGCCAGCGGGGGCGGGGCAGCCGCACCCCUCUUGGUGGUCUCCCGAGAGCGGCGCUGUCCAUGGCGCGUGGGCCGGGAGCCGGCGCCUGCCGCUUCCAGCAGCUCGCCGACAGCGACAGCGGCGACUCCGAGCAUGACUCCGGGCCGCCGAGCCCGGGCGCGCCAGGGCGCGGGGCGAGCGGGCCAGAGGAGGACCAACAGAGCAGCGUGGCGAGCAGCGGGUCGAGCUGCGACGGCACGGAUCGCGCGGCCGACUUGCGGGAGAUGGACGCCGAUCUGGCCGAGGCGCCCGCUGGCGCCGCGGGCUGGAGCGGCGCGCCCUGCGCGCAGGUGGGCCUGCUGCCCGGCGGCGCGGAGGCGUCCCUGGACUUCUACCGGCCCGUGGCGUGCUUCGAGGACCUGGUCGAAAGGGGCGUGCCAUCUUCACUGGUUGACGCGUGCAGGAGCCUCGUGGGCAAGCACUCCAGGCCGACGCCGAUUCAGGCCGCCUGCUGGGGCCUGCUGCUGGACCUGCCGCCAGCUCCGAGGCCCGAGCUGGCGCCGGGCGCCUGCGCCGAGGCCGCCGCCGCCGCCGGAGCACCGGCGGCGGUGGCGCAGCAGCGCCUGGCCGCACCCUCGCCAGCGAGGCCAGAGGACAUCCCCGUCCCGGCGAGCGACAGCGACGAUGAGCUGCUCGGCGGGCAGGAGGAUGGGCUGGCCGUUGCCGCGGCCAGCGAGGCGCCCUGCGCCGAGGCCUGCGUGGUGAGGGAGCAGCUGGACCUCGUGGGCGUGGCGCCCACGGGCUCCGGCAAGACGCUGGCCUACAUGCUGCCUCUGCUGGCGGACGGGCUGUGCAGCGCCCCGGUGGUAGUUGCGGAGCCGGAUGGCGUGUUCGAGCGCUUCCGCGCGCUGUUCCCGCAGUCGUUCCCGCUUGGCCAGGGCAAGAACUCUGAGCUGCUGAGGCGGUGCGAGAAGCUCCGCCGCUCCGACGACCAGGCUGCGUGGACGGCCGCCGUCGUGGGCGUGGCGGAGAAGGGUGCGGCCUGCAGGGACGAGGAGCGCUCCGCUGCGUGGCGGGAGCUGCAGGCGGACGUGCGGCAGAUCGGGCUGCUCUGCCCGAGGGCACUCGUGCUGGCGCCCACGCGCGAGCUGGCUCAGCAGGUGGCGGAGGUGGCUGCCGCCCUGGGCUCCGCCAGCGCCGCGGUCAUCGGCGGUGUGGACCACGUGCAGCAGCGCGAGCGAAUCCGGGCCGCCGCCCCCGCUCUGCUGGUUGCGACGCCAGGGCGCUUGCGCGCGCUGUGCGGGCAGCUGCCCUCCUCCUCGCGCGCCCGCGCGGCGCCCGGGGAAGCGCGCGAGGCGCCCGCCUCAGCUCUGCGUCUGGGGCGCAUCGUGCGCCUGGUGCUCGACGAGGGCGACCGCCUGCUGGACGAGGGCUUCGGCGAGGACAUCCAGGCGCUCACGCGCCUGGCGGCGCGGCGGCGGCUGGCGCUGCUCUUCUCGGCGACCUGGUCGCCCCGGGUGGAGCCUCUGCGGGCGACCCUGCGGCCAGCCGCGGUGCAGGUGGAGGUCCUGCCGAAGGCGGCGAAGGGCAGGCGGCUUCGCGAGGUGCUGCGCGGCUUCGGAGAGCAGGCGAAGGAGAACCCCCGCCGUCUCUCAGUCUCAGGUUAG